AUGUCGAGUGGGGGCUGCUCUGGCCCCGGGGUGUGCGGUGGGGCACGUCGAAGGCCCCCACCGCCCCCAGAGCCGGCUAUCUCCCUCGCUGCAGACCUCAGCGAGCUGAGUUUAGAUCAAGGUUACCACACUUUAGCGGAUAGUGGCCCACCGAGACGCAGGCGUGACAAUAGGGAACUAAGCGAUGCGAUAUGGCUGAAGAUAUUAUCCUAUUUAGAGGUAUCAGAACUGUGUCGCAUGGCACGGGUAUGUCGUCGCUGGGCCCGUUUAGUCGCGCGUGUGACUGCUCGGCCUGAGGUCUGGAGGAAAGUGAGAGCGGCUGGACCGUUGGAGAUAGCCGCCAGGUGUGCUGGCACAAGGGCGGGUCCCUGUGUUAAUGGCGUUAGGGAGUGGCGUUCUAAGGCCUGUACUGUAACAGCAGUGGGAGUUCAGUUGCUGGUGUCUACAUUUAGGAAUAUAACUCAUCUCGCCAUGACUGGCUCGGGCAGUAUGGAUGCCAGAAGCCUUGCGCCAAUCAUUACAGAUUUGGUGGAUUUAAGGCAUAUUGAUCUCACGGGGUGUUCAAACGUUGAUUGGCCCGAAUGGGGAUGGUUAGAGAGUAGAUUGGCGACGAGACGACCGCCCGUCGAAUAUAUAGACCUGACAGACUGCGGGUCAGUCACUGACUCAGGUCUUUGCGCGCUAUUACAUACCUGCCCGUCAUUGCAAUAUCUGUACUUAAGGCGCUGCACUCUAGUCACAGACGCUGGCGUUCGGUGGAUACCUUCAUACUGCGCUUUAAAAGAGUUGAGUGUUUCCGACUGCACCGGCGUCACCGACUUCGGACUGUACGAGCUCGCGAAACUAGGUCCAGCGCUGCGGUAUCUAUCAGUUGCUAAAUGUACACAAGUAUCCGAUUCUGGUAUCCGUACACUCGCUCGGCGCUGCUACAAGCUGCGGUACCUGAAUGCGCGCGGUUGCGGCGCGCUGGGUGAUGAUGGAGUGGAGGCCGUCGCAAGAGGCUGCUCCAGGUUGCGAGCCUUAGAUUUAGGUGCUACUGAUGUUUCAGAAGCGGGCUUACAGAUCUUAGCACGCUGUUGUCCGAAUCUCAAGAAACUGGCGCUUCGAGGCUGCGAAUUGAUAGGUGAUGAUGGCCUAGAGGCUGUUGCGUACUACUGCCGAGGACUCACUCAACUAAAUAUCCAAGAUACUCCCGUCACACUUCGAGGGUACAGAGCGGUGAAGAAGUACUGUAAACGAUGCGUCAUAGAACACACCAAUCCAGGAUUUUGUUGAUGGUUCAAAUAGCUCUCUCGGUUAAAAUUUACUGUCUUGAAGAUUUGCAUCCUAUGGCCGAGGAUUUAUAUAACUGGCUAUUCGGGAUACUGCAGUCACUUUGUGAGAGUGCAGAGUAGUCAAGAAGAAAUGUAUCGAAAGCAUCUUAAAACUCAUCUAAUCUCUUAAUUUUUUCUGAUGACAACUUUAGUGUUUAAUAAUACCUAACAAAAUUAUUGUCCUAAAAAAAAUAGAUGUAGGAAAGAAAAGUGACGACCAUAAAUCAGUGCAGAAUUACAUUACACGUUACAAACAUGUGAUUAUGUAAAUUUUUCAAAACAAGUUUCGGAUUGAUAUAUUAUUGAUAUUGAUUUCAGAUUAAAUAAAACUACUGUUUCAGCUUGCCAUUUUUUCUCAAUACAACGUGUCCUGCCGUAGAUUUCCACACCAAUGGUAUAACUUUCUACUUUAACAGGUGCUUGUAACAGCGUUGAUUGAAUAAAGAAUAUUAAAUUCGAAUUUGAACAUAGAUUUCAUUUCUCAAGACAGUUAUUGGAAUAUUAUUAAGGAAAUUUCUAACAUUUAUCGAAGUUUUGUACCCCGUGCCUAACCUGUCGUAAGUAAUAUGAUUAUAUCUGUUAAACCUUUUGUGUUUUACUUUUACGAGUUGAUUGAAAUAGGUUGAAAGCUGUCAAAGCAUACCUGCCAUCUUAGAAAAUUGAUACUGACAGUUGAAAAAAAAGUAGAACUUUAUAUAGAAAAGUAUCAUCUAGAAAAACGAAAAUACGCAAUUGAAUAUAAAAAUUUCAUGAAACAUCUGAAUGACAUUGAAAAGAUGUUUUAUUCUGAAGUAAUUUUCUAUUUUUAUUCAAUUUGUAGCUGUUUAAUUAAGUGAAAAAUUGAUCCAAACCAAAUUCGAAGCGCUGAAAAGUGGAAUGAAUAAAGUUUUAAACAUAAUUUUAGACCUCAUUGGCAGCUAUUUUGAAAAUUGGCAAACUGAUCCAUACUUGACAAAACGAUGAAACACAUUAAGGUUUUUUGCCUCUAUUUGUGUACUGCUCAACUGCUAAUUAUGGUAAACCUACUAAGAGUAUUAUAAACUUAUUUAAUUAGGACUCACUGAAAAGAAAAGAGAUACAUACUCUUAGUACUACGACUUCAGGGAGCUUUUCUGAUUUGGUGUAACAAUUCUUGUUAAAUGAUUGCAAGAAUCUGUAUAUUAACACAAUUUCUCAAUUAUGACUAAAAGCAUAUUUUUAUAUAAGGAACAAAAAUGUAAAUGGUAUAAAUUAAGAUGUACAUACAUAUAUAGGGGUUUAAUGUUAACGUGUGAAUACUGAAAAGUAUGUAUAGUG